UGAAACUUUGCACUCAAAAUCUCGUUUACAAUCACGUGUCACCCAUCACAAUCUGGUGACUUCCAGCAAAUAUGACUUUUGCUUUGAAGCCUAUGUUAAUGGGAGACGCAUUCCUCUUUAGUAACAGGUGGCAGGCUGUGAGAUCACUGGAAUGCUGUUGAUUUAUUUUUAGCCUGGCAAAACAGCAAAGAAGUGUUGUGAAAAGGGACAUAUGCUUCUUGAGCAGACCCUAUAGCAUGAGCGCUUGUAUUCCUCAGCACUCCUAAAACUUAUUACUGUAUCGGCUUUACAUUUUAUGUAUCUUCUUUUCUGGUUGUCUGGAUUGAUUCAGCACCUGUCUGUGUCAGUUAGGAGAAAAGUCAUACAGACGAGCACGACAGUAACGGUAAUCGGGAGUCAUACAACAGCAUAAGAUGAAGAGCAUUCCUUAUAUCUUUAUGGUGUCGUUUUUCUUCAUUCCUCAAGAAUGUUGGGGCAGGAAUGAAGAAGAACGUCUCAUCAAUCACCUUUUCAAGGAGCGUCGCUACAACAAAGAGCUUCGGCCAGUACAACAUAAAGAUGAAGUUGUAGAUAUUUACCUGGCUUUGACACUUUCCAAUCUCAUUUCCUUGAAAGAAGUUGAUGAAACAUUACUCACAAAUGUGUGGAUGGACCACGGCUGGGUCGAUUAUAGACUAGCAUGGAAUGAAUCAGAAUUUGAUAACAUUGCAGUCCUGCGACUCCCUCCCAGCAUGGUGUGGUUGCCAGAGAUUGUCCUUGAAAACAACAAUGACGCCCAGUUCCAGGUUGCCUAUUACUGCAAUGUCUUGAUAUACCCCAGUGGAUUUGUGUUUUGGUUGCCUCCAGCUAUAUUCCGGAGCUCCUGUUCAAUAAACGUCAACUACUUCCCUUUUGAUUGGCAGAACUGCUCCCUUAAGUUCAGCUCAUUAACGUACAAUGCCAAAGAGAUUAGCUUACAUCUAAAAGAGGAAAAUGACAGUGGAAAAAUGUACAAGGUAGAAUGGAUCAUCAUUGAUCCGGAGGGAUUCACGGAAAAUGGUGAAUGGGAGAUCGUUCACAAGCCUGCCAAGAGAAACACAUAUAAAAACAUUCCAAUGGAAAGCAACAAGCACCAGGAUAUCACCUUUUACCUCGUUAUCAGACGCAAACCACUUUUCUACAUCGUCAACAUAAUCAUCCCCUGCAUUCUCAUCUCUUUCUUGGCCUCACUUGUCUACUACCUUCCUGCAGACAGUGGUGAAAAGAUGACGCUCUCUAUCUCUGUGCUGUUGGCUCAGUCUGUGUUUCUACUGCUGAUUUCACAGCGUCUGCCUGAGACCUCAAUGGCUGUUCCCUUAAUAGUCAAGUAUCUGAUGUUUAUUAUGGUACUGGUCACCAUUGUUGUCCUGAACUGUGUCAUUGUGUUAAACCUUCACUUCCGGACACCAAGCACACAUGUCAUGACCGAAUGGACCAAAGAGUUCUUUUUGGAGCGCCUGCCACGACUUCUUUACAUGGCCCGUCCUGCCGAUGACAAGCCCGGUCCGGAGGGAGCGUUGCCACGGCGAUCCAGCUCUCUGGGUUACAUCGCCCAAGCCGAAGAGUACUACAGUGUGAAAUCCCGCAGCGAGCUGAUGUUUGAGAAGCAGUCGGAGAGACACGGCCUCACUGCUCGGCCCACCCCAAAAGCCACGUACACAUCCGAUAAUGAGUCUGAGGUAUCGGAUCAGCUGUACAAUGAGAUGAAGCCAGCUGUGGAUGGAGCCAAUUACAUUGUUAAACAUAUGCACGACAAAAAUGACUAUAAUGAGGAAAAGGACAAUUGGAGCGGGAUCGCCAGAACUGUGGAUCGACUGUGCUUCUAUGUGAUCACUCCAGUCAUGACCAUAGGAACCAUCUGCAUCUUCCUGAUGGGAAUCUACAACCAGCCACCAUCUCUGCCCUUCAUGGGAGAUACAUUCACCUACACAGAAGGAAACAAGCGUUACAUAUGACUUCUCUAAUGUAUAGAAUAAUAUCCUCAGCAUUGAUAUAAAUAUAAGGAAGAGCGUAUAGCAUUUUUUUUUUUUUUUUGCAUAAAUGUACCUGCUUUUAGGCAAUUUAUGCAGGUUUGACUACUAACAUUGUGAAUGUUGUUUAAUAAGUGUGCUAAAUAAUUGUUUUCUCCCCUGAGAAAGGGAAUAAAAUAAUAUUGCUUGCA